AUGGGUCAAAAGAAGGAUACAUUGCGACCUCAGAGUCGCUCUGGGCGCUCGCGCAGUCGUUCUCCCAAGCCCAAGAGCAAGCCCGCGGCCGUUCCGCAGAGCUAUGCCUCGGAGGGCGUGAAGAACAAUGAUAUCUUCCAGCUCCCCGGGUCGGACUACAAGCUCAUUGUCCUGGUGACUAUGAUCGCUGCGGCUGUUCGUCUAUUCCGAAUCUACCAACCGACAAGUGUGGUCUUUGAUGAAGUUCACUUCGGUGGAUUCGCAUCCAAAUAUAUCAAGGGCAAAUUCUUUAUGGAUGUCCACCCCCCACUGGCUAAGCUGCUGCUCACGCUGGCCGGCUGGCUCGCCGGUUUCGAUGGCAACUUCGAUUUCAAGGACAUUGGCAAGGAUUACCUGGAGCCCGGUGUGCCCUAUGUGGCCAUGCGCAUGCUCCCGGCCAUUCUGGGUGUCCUGACUGUCCCCCUGAUGUUCCUCACUCUCAGAGUCACCGGGUGCCGCAGUUCGACCGCUGCCCUGGGUGCGGGUCUUGUCAUCUUUGACAAUGCCCUGGUCACCCAGUCCCGCCUGAUCCUGCUCGACUCUCCGUUGAUCUUCUUUACCGCUUUAACCGCUCUGGCCUUCAGCUGUUUCACCAACCAGCAGGAGCUAGGACCCGCAUAUGCCUUCCGCGGACCGUGGUGGUUCUGGCUGGUCUUCACCGGUCUCUCCCUCGGUGCGACACUGAGUGUGAAGUGGGUUGGCCUCUUCACCAUGGCCUGGGUUGGCUCUCUCACAGCUCUCCAGCUGUGGGUGUUGCUGGGUGACUCCAAGACCGUCACUCCCCGCCUCUGGUUGAAGCAUUUCUUCUCCCGAGUUUUCUGUCUGAUUGUCAUUCCUGUCGGCUUCUACCUGGCCAUGUUUGGUAUCCACUUCAUGUGCCUGGUGAACCCCGGCGAAGGUGAUGGAUUCAUGUCUUCCGAGUUCCAGGCAACCCUGAACUCCAAGUCCAUGCAGGACGUUCCUGCAGACGUUUCCUUCGGAUCCCGAGUCAGCCUGCGCCACCUCAACACCCAGGGUGGAUAUCUCCACUCGCACCCUCACAUGUACCCCACCGGCAGCAAGCAGCAGCAGAUCACACUCUACCCCCACAAGGAUGAGAACAACCUCUUCCUCUUGGAGAACACCACUCAGCCCCUGGGCCCCUACGGAGAGGUCGAGGGUCCCUUUGCCUGGGACAACCUGACUGCUCCCGGUUUCAUUGAAGAUGGAUCCAUCAUUAGACUGUACCACACCAUCACUCACCGAAGAAUUCAUUCCCACGACGAGCGUCCCCCAGUGACCGAGGCUGAUUGGCAAUACGAGGUCUCUGCUUACGGAUAUGAAGGUUUCGCCGGUGAUGCCAACGACCUGUUCAAGGUCGAGAUUGUCCCCCUCCAUUUCCGACUGGUGCACGUCAUGACCGGCUGCGUUCUGUUCUCCCACAAGGUGAAGCUUCCUGACUGGGGAUGGGAGCAGCAGGAAGUGACUUGCGCCAAGGGCGGUACUCUUCCCAACAGUGUCUGGUACAUCGAGCAGAACCAGCACCCCUCCAUGGCUGCGGACGCCGAGAAGGUCAACUACCGAAACCCUGGCUUCCUGGGCAAGUUCUGGGAGCUGCAGAAGGUCAUGUGGACCACCAACGCUGGCCUGGUCGAGUCUCACGCUUGGGAUUCGCGCCCGCCAUCGUGGCCCACCCUCCUCCGCGGUAUCAACUUCUGGGGCAAGGACUUCCGUCAGAUCUACCUGCUCGGAAACCCGCUCAUCUGGUGGUCGAGCACCCUCGCCAUUGCCAUCUACGUCGUUUUCAAGGGUCUUUCCGUCAUCCGCUGGCAGCGAAGCUGCGGUGACUACAAGCACGUUUCGUUCAAGCGCUUUGACUAUGAGGUGGGCACCAGCGUUCUGGGCUGGUUCUUCCAUUACUUCCCCUUCUAUCUCAUGGCCCGUCAACUCUUCCUGCACCACUACCUCCCUGCCCUCUACUUUGCCAUCAUGGUUCUCUGCCAGGAGCUCGACUUCUUGACCAACCGCAUCAAGAGCUUCGGUCUUGUGUCGAAGCCCGCUAUCGGCAAGACUCUGAUGGCAGCCUUCUUGGGUCUCAGCAUUUUGGUUUUCACACUCUACGCCCCUCUCGUCUACGGCAACCCGUGGACCAAGGAUGCCUGCAACAAGGUCAAACUUUUGGGAUCCUGGGACUUUGACUGCAACACCUUCCACAGCGACUUGAGUGAGUAUGUUACUCAGUACGUGCCGAACGCGCCUCCCGCUGUCCCCACAACUGCAGCCCAGGCGCCGCCCCAGGCGCCACCCGCCCAGGAGCCCGUUCCAGCAGGCGAGAGCGCCGAUGUUUCUGACCCUGCUGCUGUGACCGCGCCUAAGAUCCAAGGCUCCAUGGCUCGCGUUGAAUACCGCGACCAGAACGGCCAGGUUCUUGAUGAAAACCUCGUCGCCUCGCUUCGGGCCGAGGGGAAAGUGAAGUUUGAGACUCGCUACGACGCUGGCCACAAGAUGGAAAACGCACACGAGGUUCCCAUCGUUGAUGGCCAGCUCGCUCCCCCGCACCCGGAUGUGCAGGGCCAGAACCCCGAGACCGGCAGUGCCCCCGAGGACUCUGUGCCUCCGGAGAGCCCCGCUUCCGUGGUUGAGGGCAAUGAGCGUUCCGUUGAGAAGCCAAUCUCUAUGGAGGCUAAGCCUGCGAGCGAGGGAAAUGAUGCCACUAAAUAG